AUGGAGGAGAAACCUCGAUAUAAAUAUGCUGUGGUACGGGUAAAAGAGUCAGCCGUUGUAGAUUUCUUUGGCUUAAUUGCAAAUCAUGGAUAUUCAGAUGUUUCGUUUGUGUCAAAUCUUAGUCAGGCAAUAGCACGACCAGAUCCAAAUGAUGAAAAUCCUUUGGAUGAAUCACCGAGCACUAAAAAUGAUGAUCGUGUAGCAGAAUCCGAAGAUCGUUUUUCCAUAAGUGGAACACCUCAAUCUCCAUCAGAUGAACCGAAAUUUUCAAAUCUCAGCAACCAGAUAGCUUUACUAUGUGCAAAUACAGAUCAGAACAAUUCUUUACCACCGGAUCCUGAAUUGGAUUUAUCAGCCACUUCCACAGAUCUGUUGAGCAACUUGUUCGCAACGCAUUCAUUACCAAUUACAAAAGAAUGGGCAAACGAUCAUCGCGACAGCAACUCGCCCACUACUGGAAAUGGAGGUCCACUUCGCACAGCUACACCUCAAUUCAAGCAAAUGUUUCAGACAAGAAUGAAGGGAUGGCAACGCGAAUACAUAAAGGAUGUCAUCAACAACGGUCAUUAUCCAACCGAAGAGGAGAUGAGGGACAUUGAACAAAAAUGUGAUUUGAGUCGAAAGCAGGUCCUUCGAUUCAUUUCCAAGCGAUUAUCAAACCCAAACCGAAAACCUCGAACUGAUUGGCGGAGUGAUAAAGCCGCAGAAGGCUUGACGCCAUUAGCUACGAUGGUGAAGCAAGAAACGGCUCCAUAG